AAUCGUCCAUACCUGUUCAACUUAGGUUAAAAUUCUAUGCCACACCGGAACAAAAGCAUCUGAGCGUGACUUAAAAAUCUUCCAGGUGUGGUCAACAUAGGUUUGAAUUUAGUUAUGCAAGUAAAGAUGAAAUGAUAUAUAAACUGUGACAUGGGAUGGAUAGAUCAUUUACCUUUUGUUCAAUUAUGCCUGAUUAUUAUUAUCCUCACCGUCUCGUCUGCUCAGCGCUGUCCUCCGUCCGCCAGGACAGAAUACAAUGUUGCACAAUGUCCAGAAAACGAAGAAAGUACAAAGAAAAGAGCACAAAUAAAAGGCUGUGAAAGGAUUGAAGGGGAAACUUGUAACAAUUCAUCAAAAUUCACGUAUCACUGCCUUCCUACUGAUCGAUUGGGAACAUUAGUUGAAGUCUGCGCCGUUGAAAAAUACAUUUAUGGUGUAUGUGUUUUUUAUAACAACACACAACUUCAAACAGAUAACAACAUAAACUGUAGCCAAUCCUCUUCGUGCCCUGGCCGAUUUCUGUCCUCAGAAGCCCAUCUGUACGAACCUUGUAAAACGAUCGAAUUAUCAUCAACAAUUCCAUCAACAAAUAAAACUGUAACUUUUGUUCCUGAAGAUAAGUCAGAAGUGUAUACUACUGUGGCAAUAUUGGUUGCAGCAAUAUUAUUUUUCUGUAUUGGAUUGGCCAUUUUCAUCAUUAAAAGAUGGAAAGAUAGACGAAAAAGGAAAAGCAGAGUAAAAGAAACAGAUGGCUGUAGUGGACAAGAAGAACACGAACAAUUAAUUGCUACGAAUUAUGCCCAUAGUGAACAAAAUGAGACAGACAAUAAAUCUAAAAGUGAACGACAUAUUUUUGUCCAAAGUCAAAGAAAAGCAGUUUCAGAUUUUGAAGAAAAAGUAGAGGUUCCUUUGCUUCUUAGAGGUGAGAAAGUGUUGAUAUAACAAUCAUAUAGCAAAAGAGUUUUUUU